AUGAACGACCAGCGCUUUACGCACAGUCCGUUUGACGAGAUUUUGCUCUCGGCCGACGACCGCGCGAACCUCGUGACCAUUGCCGAUGCGCUCGUGCGCGCCAACGUGCGCGAGUAUCGCCACCACGUGCAGCGGGGGAAGCACGUGGACCUCACGCGGUGGAAACGAGUGUGCAGCGCGGGCACGACCGCCACGUACUUGGAACGGAGUGCUUCGCCCAGCAAACACCACCAGCCACGUACAAAGUCGUUGCCGGCGUCGCUCAUGGUCGGCCCGUUGCCCGGCACGCUCGAGGAGAACAUGUUUGGCCUCGUGAGUCCGACGCUGGACGACAUGCGGCUCAAGGCGUCGUACUUGCACGACGUGAGCGCAGCGGCAGUGCUUGCAACGAUCGUGGCCCCGAGUGUCGAGAACCCGUUCCGAUCGGUUGUGGUCAAGUGGAUGGAGAUUGACAUCCCCGGGGCGUCGCUGGGCUUGGUCCGCAAUCGCGACUACGUCUACCUCGAGAGCUGUGGCAUUGCCGAGCUCGACACGGGCGAGCGCCUCGGGUACCACUUGUUGCACUCGGUGAGCUUCCCCCAAGCGCAUGAACUGCCGUCGCGCGUGCGAGGGAACAUGUCGUUCUGCGGCGUCUUUUGCCAAGAAGGCCCUGACCGGACCGACUGCCGCGGCACGGGGAUCAUGGACCCCGGCGGCGACGGCGCGCGGGUCAUGGCCAUCAUGGCCAUGGUUCAAGCGACCAUGGCAGGCCUCAAGUACUCGUACUGCGGACGGAUGAAAAAGCUCGUGCAGGUGCUUUCGCAGCGCCCCGAGGAGCGCGUGAAAGAGCGCCGGGCGUUGGUCGCUCAACCCGUGUGCGUCACGUGCUCGAAGCCGAUCAAAACGGGCAAGUUGAAGCUCAGUGUCGGCAAGUCUAGUGGCACGUGCAAGUUGUGCGACGGACUGCUCUGUAGCACGUGUAAAAUUGCAAAGAAGCUGAGCUUCCUCCGCCCGGCCGAGCAGCCGCACCUCGUGCAGCGAAAGGUGACGUUCUGCGUGCAGUGCCUCGUCGAAGCGACGAGUGGCGACACGCUGGAAGCUGCGCGGCAGCAGUUUGUCGACAAAAACCAACGCGGGCAGCGCAGUGCGAGCGACUGUCCAAGGGCUUGUGAUCUGAGCUCGCGCUCGGACGGCACCAUGAGCUCGUCAUCAAACUCUCAAGGCAGCUAA